GGCUCAGUUUAUUUGAAUGGAUCUGGAGCGAAGCAGUGCAAGAUGCCAUUGCAAAUCGUUGAACGUCAAGGAAUACUGAUUGCCAGCCUUCCUGUCUCUUCUCCUGACCCGACCAGGACUCGUAGAUCUACUCAGCAAAAUACUUGAACAAUGCCACUUACGUGACCAUACUGGUGACUAGCCGCUGCGGUCUUGCGAGCAAUUAUUUUCGUGCAGAGAGGUGUUUGGCGCGCAACGCGGCGGUGUUGUGCUUCUCCAUAGCUACGCCAGCGAUACAUCUAGAUAUCUGUGCGAGCGCCUAGUGCUGAGCGCAAGCUGCUAUCCAGCGCUUGUGCAGGAUCACCUUUCUGGAUUUCCAACUACAUGCCAUGUACAACACGUAGUCCUCCAGUACUGCAGUAGUCUGACAUCCAGUACGUCUCAGUCAGGGAUCACCGCCAUGGCUGCGGGGAGCUGUCCAGCAGCAGUACCAUUGGUGUAUGGAAUCGGAAAAACUGGACCACUCAAUGUUGGAGUAUUGGUGGUUGGACCAGAAUCCUCUCAGCUAGCAUCCUUGUGCACUGCUAUAGAGAAGGAGUCAACGUUUCCCUCUAUCACUGUAAUGCGUAGUCCCCAGCUGCCACUGUCUGCAACAGGGAGAGCGCGCCAGUUUCACUAUGAUGUCGUCGUGCUGGCAGCUGAUGCAACUGACUGUCGAAGCCUGGAUGCGCUCAGACGCUCAAUGUCCUGUCUCGACGUUCACUACCGAUGCGGUAGAUCGUGUGUUACCGUCAUUGGAGCUGAUGUAGGACCAGCCUCGGGAACUUCGGCGCUUGAUCUGUCCCGUGAGAUUGGAUUCCAGGAUAUUCCGGUGUUGUACGGAUCGUGCAAGGAUGGGACGUCUGCAAACUACCUUGCUAACAAAAUCCUGCGCAUGGUAUCCCUAGCAUUGGGGAAAUCAGGCUUGUCGGGUUGGCUGAGCCCCUCGCCAUUCCUGUUGUGAGCUGACAAUGCUGCACUGUAUCAUGGGACAUCCAGGUAUGUGUAUUAGUACACAGCAUGGAGAUCGGUAACUUUGGCAGGUGGAACCUGUCCUGGACCUGAUACGCGUAAGCCGUAGCCGACAACACAAUGGUGGCCCAGCAGCCGGCAUCUGGUAUGUUACUCCCGUUGGCAGGUCUCGAAAGCUGCUCUGACUCAUCACCACGUGCCAGUGCUGACAGUUGGCAACCAGGUACAUGUACAUGUGUGCAAACCUGGGUCAGCUGGCUCGUUCAACAAUGGUAUACAAGGUCUCAGUCCGUGUGCUGGUCCUUCUGUUUCCGGUGCCACCGAUGGCAGCGAAGUGAUUCCUUUUAAAGUUUACCAGCCGAGUGGUUCUGCAUUGUGCUGAUUGGAGACAUGCCAUCAGGUCUGCAAACAAAUUCCACAGUGGUGCCAUCCUUAGUGAUCCAUUGCUUUCAUCUUUCCCAGGCUGUUUGAUGCGACUCUGGUGCACAACCUUGACUCAUGGGUUAAUUAACCGUGCUACUACAUUUUGGUAGUAGCGGCCCAACAAGUGUGUAGUGUUUGGGUAAAAACUAAAAAGUGUACAUCAACGUGGACUUCAUUGCUUUAGUUGCGUUAUGCUACUAUAUGUAGGCCUCUCCACAGAGUCCACAGUCAUGCACUCUGUUUCCAGUUUGCAUCUGUCAUGUAAUUCACACCUUGCAGGCAACACUGGUUUUUGUUUCGAAGAUUCUCUGUUCUAUGCCGUUGGAAUGGAUUGUGUUAUGCUUGAAAUCAUAUUAUAAGUAUCACAUGGUGACGUCUAUACAGAUACUUCAGCAACAGUCAACAUAACAAUCAUAACAGUCAUAUUAUUAUUAUAACAUCCGAAACACAGCUCAACUAUGUUCCCUUCUCCUUCCAUCAUAGCCCAUGUUGUGCUGAGCGUCACAGUGGCUGUAGCCUUUCAACCUGGACAACCAUGGCACGGGUACAGCCCUUUUCGUUUACAAGUUGUAGC